GGCUCUGGCCCUGUGAACGCCCCCAUCUUGCACGGCUUCCCCAUCUCCUUGCUUUGACCACCAGAUUCUGCUGCGGCCUCCCCACCUGUUGUCUGAGGCAGGCGUGGGAGACGAUGGAGCCGGAGGCCCUCUACCACCUGCUGCAGCUCCCGAGGGCGGUGGACCUGCCAGUGGAGGAGGAGCUCCCGCAAGGAGGAAAGAAGAAAUACCUGCCACCCACUUCCCGGAAGGACCCCAAAUUCGAAGAGCUGCAGAAGGUGCUGAUGGAGUGGAUCAAUGCCACCCUCCUCCCCGAGCACAUCGUGGUCCGCAGCCUGGAGGAGGACAUGUUCGACGGGCUCAUCCUGCACCACCUGUUCCAGAAGCUGGCAGCACUCAAGCUGGAAGCACAGGACAUCGCCUUGACCGCCGCCAGCCAGAGGCACAAGCUCGAGGUGGUGCUGGAGGCCGUGAACCGGAGUCUGCAGCUGCAGGAGCCGCAGGCCAAGUGGAGCGUGGACACCAUCUUCAGCAAGGACCUGCUGGCCACCCUGCACCUUCUGGUGGCCCUGGCCAAGCGCUUCCAGCCCAACCUGCCCCUCCCGACCGGCGUCCAGGUGGAGGUCAUCACCAUCGAGAGCACCAAGAGUGGUCUAAAGUCGGAGAAGUUGUUGGAACAACUCACUGAGAGCAGCACAGACAAGGACCAGCCUUCAGAGGACGUCUUUGAUGAAUUGUUUAAGCUGGCUCCGGAGAAAGUGCACGCGGUGAAAGAGGCCAUCGUGACCUUUGUCAACCAGCAGCUGGACUCCCUGGGCCUGUCUGUGCAGAACCUGGACACGCAGUUCGCAGAUGGAGUCAUCUUACUCCUGCUGAUUGGACAACUGGAAGGCUUCUUUCUGCACUUAAAGGAAUUCUACCUCACUCCCAACUCUCCUGCAGAAAUGCUGCACAACGUCACCCUGGCCCUGGAGCUGCUGAAGGACGAAGGCCUGCUCAGCUACCCCAUCAGCCCUGAAGACAUCGUGAACAAGGACGCCAAGAGCACACUGCGCGUGCUCUACAGCCUGUUUUGCAAGCACAAGCUGAAAGUAAACGUGGACGGGACGCCCCGUGGAACCCCGAGUUAACCUUCGCUGCCCCUGGAGGGCUCAGAGCCCGCCGGCUGGAGGGCCGAGACGGCUGUGGGGCCCAGGCCUGUGCGUUCCUGUGUCUGUGACUCGUCCUCCCUUCUGCCUGCGUCUCCUGGUUGCAUCUUCUGUCUAUCUCUGAACCCACUAGGUGUGGACCCGUUUUGAGCCAACAUCUGUCCUUGCUCAGUUUAUUUUGAUAAAAGCAUUUCUGGGAGGGUGCUGGGGGCCUCCGGUGUCCUGGGGUGGGGGGCAUUAAA